AUGGUUCGGGGAUCCGCCGUGUUUGCGCUCUUCCUUGUGUUGUUCGCGGCGGCUCAUGGCGAAAGCGAUACACCCGCGAUUUCAUGGCAAGCCAUCUCCCUCGCGGUAGAUGGACGAAAAGUUCUCAAGAACCUGAAUGGUGUCGCAUAUCCGGGCAGGUUGCUGGCCAUCAUGGGGCCGUCAGGAGCCGGCAAGACAUCUCUGCUACAGGUUCUUGGAGGGACCUUGUCGCAGCGACCAAGGCAGAAGCUAUCUGGAAGAUUGUCAGGUUCAGCUUAUCAUGGUCGUAUUGAUCGGACGUAUGGAUUUGUCGGGCAGGAAGAUCAGUUCUUUUCCCACUUGUCAGUUCAAGAGACGUUGCAAAUGGCAGCCAAACUCCGACUCCCUGGAACCUCCACAGCCCAUCGCAAAGAGGUUGGGCAACGGAGGAGUGGGGGAGAUUGGAGGGCAGGAGGGGAGGACAAGACGAGGAAGAAGGGGAAGGAGAUCAACGGGGGAGAAGGAGAGGAAGAGGAGAGAAGAAGAGGAAGUGGAGAGAAGAAGAAAAUUGUUGAGGACACUCCAUCUAUCGAACGUGCGGUAGUGAAUCGAGGGUUGGAAAUGAGAGGACGCGAGGAAUAUCAGGAGGAGAACGACGUCGACUUGCUCUCGCUUCUGUUUCUCCUGAUCCAGUACCGUGCCCGCAUCCUCGUCGCCAUUUUCAUUCUUUCUCUGAAGUGGAACAGUCCAGAUAUCAUCUUUGCAGACGAGCCGACGUCAGGCCUCGAUGCCUUCCAAGCGGAGAGGAUGAUCCUCGUUCUCCGCAAGCUAGCAGACUCAGGGCACACAGGUCUGGCGUAUAUUGGAUGA